GUUUUCUAAAUGUCUCGGGUGUUUUCGUGGUGUUUUUUGGGGUUGAAAAGAGGCUCUGAGAAAUGUUGUUGCUGAUAGAAAACAGUUGAACUGCGCAGAGAGUUCAGCUCAGUCGAAGCAGGAGCAAGGAGAGGGCAGAAAGCGGAGACAUCGCUCUCGGCUUUAUUAUGCUCAAAUUGAUCACUAAUUGCCAAUCUAACCGGUCGGACCCAUGGUGAAGAGAAAGAAGAUAUCGUCCACUACCGAAGAGCACGAAAAUGGCAUGACACCGGGCUCCAGGGAGGGGAUCGGUGUCGAUGGGAGGCGGAAUCCGUCCAGAAAGCCCGAAGGUUGCGACGAGGAGGAGAGCGGAGAGCAGGCGAGCGAGGAGCGCAGUACAAAGGGAGACGACCGAGUGGAAAUUCUUAAUCCAUCAGCCUCCGGUCUCAGCCCCGGUUCAGCCCCGGUCCUCCCAGCCUCCCCGCCGAACCGAGCCGGGCCAGCCUCGACCCAGCAGCCCCACACCUCCUCGGAACCCGCCCCUCCGUGUCACGACCAGCAUCAUUUUCUCCGAUCCAGCGUCCGACCUCCGAGCAAGCGGAUACGGAAGGAUUCCAUCGGCUCGACCAUCAACGGACACGGCGGGGCAAAAUCCAAAGGGGCAGAGAAUGGCUCGACUUCGCAGGGGGCAGUGGGCCAGUCGGGGCCUGUGUCUGGCUCCAUCGCCUCGGUGUCCAAGGCCGCUAAAGGACAAGGCUCUGCUGAAAAGGACGAGCAAGCUGGUAACCAGAAGAGGGCCCGUCGGCAGUGGGAAUCCUGGAGCACAGAGGACAAGAACAGCUUUUUCGAGGGGCUGUAUGAGCAUGGGAAGGAUUUUGAGGCUAUCCAGAACAACAUCGCAAUGAAAUACAAGAAAAGAGGCAAGCCCGCCAACAUGGUGAAGAACAAGGAGCAGGUCCGCCACUUCUACUACCGCGCCUGGCACAAGAUCUCCAAACACAUCGACUUCACCAACGCAUACUCCCGUGUGCUGAAGAAGUCUUCUCAAGAGCUGUACGGCCUCAUCUGCUACGCCGAGCUUCGCAAAAAAGUCGGAGGAUUAAUGGAUGAUAAGAAUGUGGCGAAGCUGAAUGAGCUCAUUCAACAAGGGGCCACGACUGUGCGCUCCAAGGGCAGGAACCUCCGCAUCAAAGCACCCAUGUGCCGCGCGCUGAAGAAACUCUGCGACCCAGACGGAGUGAGCGACGAAGAGGACCAGAAGCCGGUGCGCUUGCCCCUGAAGGUGGCGGUGGAGCUCCAGCCGCGCAGUAACCACUCCUGGGCCCGAGUUCAGAGCUUAGCCCACAACCCGCGCCUCAGGAUGGUGAUGGAGCUCCACAGGAAAGUGUCCAGCCUCAUCGAGUAUCUGAAACAGAAGUGGACCUACCACGACCAGCGGAUUCUAAAGAGCCUCAUGGAGAGAGAGGCUCUGGAGGGAAACCAGUCCAGCACAGCCUCCCUGAGCAAAGCGUCACAGGAGGACCUUUUUCUUUUCCCGGCUGAGAACAGCACUUUGACCACGCUGCCUGGUGUCGCGCGUGUCGUUCACUCCAAGGCCUCUUGCACUGUACACUGGCUCGAGAGUGGCAAGAGCCGCCCCAACGCCAAGGAAUUACCAGCUGCCCAGAUCCUGGGCAUCCACACCGCUCCGCCCCCGCGAACUGGCAGCAAGUCUGGACGGGGGGGCACAGCCGCAGCGUCGGGUGAACCUCGCCGGACUGAACCCCCCGCGCUCGAACCGUCGCCUGAAAGUUCCGCGAAGGUGGAAGAGAAAAGGCCUCCGUCUGUGUGUGUUCCCGUUCCCCCCCAGCAGACUGUGGCCCCCCGAGAAGAGAGGAAUGGGAUCGGUUCCUCCGAGGGGGGCAAGACCUGCAGCGGUCUGGAGUCCAGUGGCGGAUCAAGCACAGAGAAGUUGUGUAGCGGCGCAGAGAGCUCAUCAGAGCAGUGUAAAGAGGAGCAGAGCACCGGCGCCUCCUCCCCAGAGGACGGCCACACGCCGCCACCCAAACCCCCGGCCGGCGGCCCGGAGGAGGCCGCGCCGCAGAGUUCCGCGCCCGCGGCCCGGGAGCGCACCGUGGAGCAGAUCCGAGAGGAGGGCUGGAGCGCCCGGGACGCGGAGAACGUCACCCUGGCCGAGCUCUACCUGAUGUCCGGGAAGCCGGGGAAGCUGCAGCUGGAGUACGAGUGGCAGCCCUGCGUCUCCGCCUCCAGCCAGGAGAACGGACAAACCCCCACGCAGCCCAAACCCCUCAGGACCAACAGGGUGUUACGCUGCCUGCUCAAGCUGGUCGCAACUGAGGUCAACCCCAAACCUCUGGCUCCAGACCUGUGCUCCACAGCCACGUCCCCCCUCAAGACCCACCAGGAGGAGCAAAACCAGGCGCUCACCCCACCAGGAAAGGGUCCGAUAGCAGGCACACGCAGCCCCGGCUGCGGUCGGCAGCCGGCUUCGGUCCGUGUGGCCAAGAUGCACCUCCCAGUCACCGGAGCGUCAGCAGGCGGCCGUAACCUUCCCCGCUCUCUGCUGGGGUCGUCCGCAGGCGGCGAGUCAGAAAGCGGCGUGUUCGCCGUGCCCACCACGCUGCCCCCCAACAGCUCGCGCCACAACCGAAUGUUCUCCCCCAACAAGGAGGCGGAGCUCGCCUUCAGACAGCAGCUCGACUCCAUCAGUAUGCAGUCAGAUCUCUUUUCAAGACACAGGAAACCUCGAAACAGACAACUUCGGAAGCCGCUUGUCGUUCAGCGGACACUGCUGCCCAGAACUACAGGAGACACUUCUCAACACGUCUGCUCCUUCUCCAUCCUGUCCAACUCCUCCGCCACAGGAACUGGAUCUUUCCGGCCCAUCCAUACUCGGCUGACUCCUUCCUCGCGCCCUGUCCUGUCCAGACCGUCACCCGCAGCGUCCAGCUCUGCAGCGGCCAGCCAGCUGUCCAGUGCCAUCGGCCUGGCAGCGAAGUCUGCAGGCAUCAUCCCGGGCAGCCCAUGUCGGGAGCCGGAGCCCCCUGCUGUGGAUGACAGCGCCCUGCUCGCCACCACGCCCGUUGUUGAGGCUGAAACACGUUCUGAACUCCUCCAGCAAAACGUCUCCGAGAAUGGCCUGCCGCCGCCGUCUCCUGGAGUAGCCGGUGGCGGAGACUCCCUGCUGUCCCCCCCCAGCGUGGCCUCGCUCCUGGACAUCUCUCUGCCGGGCCCCCCCGAAGAGGGAGCUCCCGGAGAAUCUCAAACACAUAUCAGCGACUCCAUCAUCGAGCUCGCCAUCAACUCCACUCACUACGGUGAGGAGGCCGCUCUCUCUCCAGCCAAGCUGGGCAGCAGCGACGGCUCCAAGCUGCUGGCCUCGUCCCCCUCGGUCAGCCCGUCCAGAGGCUGGAUCCCGUCCCCCAGCCACGACCCCCAGUGGUACCCCAGCGACUCCACCGACUCCACCCUGGGAUGCCUGCUGUCCAGCAUGGUCUCUCCUGAUAAGGGCCGACGGACCACCCUGACCCCCGCCGGCCCCUCCAGCGGCACAGCUCUGCUCGGCCCCAGCCUCCUGGACUGCAACUCCCACGAUUCCUUUCAAUCCCGUGGCCUCCCCGAUGUGGCAGAAGUGGACUCCCAGCUCGCUUGCAUGAUGAGCGAAAGCAGCGUGGACUACAUCGCUCGCUUCAACGACCUGGCCCAGGAGCUGGCCGUGACCGAGCCCUCCAUCCCUCCCCCCUGAGCGGCGGGAGGCCACCCGAGCGGCUCCGCGCUCCAAAGCCAUCCCCCGCCCCGUUUGUAAAAGUGCAAUAACGACAGUGACCAUUGUUCAAAACGCCGGUUUCACUGAACCGCUCUUCAAAGUAAAAAAUGCCCUUUAAUAAUCACACACUUCGGAUGAACAAAUGCGUUUACAAAACACAACCUCAUGUACAGGAAAAUACUAUGCCAUAUCUGAACAGAGUAUCUUACGUCUCUUCCUGCUCGGUGUGUGUGUGGGUGGGUGUGUGCGUGUGUUUCUGCAGUACUGUGCAAAAGAUUUAGGCAGGUUUGAAAAAUAAUACACAAAAGUAGCUUUUUUUUUUUUUUUUUUUUUUUUUUAAAGGUUAAGGGAUUUUCACAUAAUUUAUUGGUUUGACUUAAUUUCUCUUUUGUUCGUUUAUUCAUAGGAAUAAAUUAUUCACUCUUAUCCAGUUAUCAACUCCAAAAAGGCAGAAUUUCUCAGACCGGCCUGAAACUCCUCUCGCAGUACUGUCCGUUUGUUUGUCCUCCGCUCUCAGUUCGACCCCCCCCAUAAUGUGUAAAUCCACCGCAGUGUGCAGCUGCCGGAGCGCGUUGUGAUCGUCGUCACAGUUGUUGUGGGGAAAGUGGAGCACGACACAGUGGGACGGAUCCAGAUCCAGAUCCGGCGUUUCCCUGCUGCGCUCCGCACCUCCUUCCACUUCAGGCUGAUCGCUUCUGUUUGGAGUGAAAUCCCUCAUUUCUGCCAGCUGGUCGGUCGGCUCCACAUGGCAGCAACUCCACAGACGUGAUCCUUCGAGUCAUAUUUUCUAACUCUCCAUUUAUUCACUGUGCAUUGAGAUUACAGGAUCAUCUGAAAUGGCCUUCAGAUUUAUUUUAUUGACAGAAGACGUUGAAGCCAACGUCAGCAGUUUCUGUCUGACUUUACGACUCUUGUUUUGAACCCGGACUUUUACUUUUGGUUUUAUUUUGACUGGCUGUGUCAUAACAAGCAGAUUGUAUAUGUGGUUCUCGGUCGCCGCCCAGCUAUCUCGCUUGUAUCUUCGCAGUCCCGUUUGGAGGGGAAAAGCUUGGAUGUCUUUCAGUUGUGAGACCGUAAUUGAAAAUCACCCGCUGAUGUCUAAGGGCUUGCAUUCAGAUGUAAGUUAAACACUAAAGCCAUAGUUGAUCGCUCUCCCCCUUUUUUUUUAAUUGCCUUCUAUUGUUUGAAUUCCCCUUUAACUGGUGCCGGAUGCCUAGAAACACUAUGGCUGAUCAAACAUUCUUUUUUUUUUUUUUUUUUACUUUCACACUAUCAACAGGAAAUACACACAGUGCAGUGUGACCGAUUGCAUCCAGACUUAUUUUUUUCCAUUUAACCGGCGGCGUUAAUAUGCAGUACUGUGAACAUCCCGGCGUGUUUUUAACGGAUCCAUCGUGUGUCAGCUGUAAACUCUAAUCAUCAUUCCGCUAAACAGUCCGAGAUAUUUCUUUCCUUCCAGAAACGCUGGUGUGACGUUGGAUUAUAACAGGAAAAAAAAAAGGCUUCAGUGUCACAUCAGAAGGUUCUUCAGUGAGGAACAAACAGCGGGUUUUGUCGUUUUUUUUUUUUUUGUUUUUUUUUUUGUUCUUGAAGGAUUUGUAGAAAUGGAAAUUCCAGUAUUCACUGAGCUUUUUGUAAUAUACGGUAAUGUAAAUUGUUUAUUUGGACUAUUUAUUGGUAACAUUUCUGAAAAAGUGUUUUCUGUAUAACUUAAGGUGACAUCUUAAAAAAAAAAUGAGGAAAAAACAGUUUUAAGUUUGUAAAAGGUGUUUUUAUUCUGUGUAUAAAGAUAGUUAAUAAAAAUAUGCUUAAUUCUUGUA